GGUUCGCAAGGCCUCUAGCGUCUUAUGUAGCGAUAAUAACAGGUUAGCGGCAGGAAAGGCAAGCCCAUUGACGGUCUUCGUCUUCAAGAUAGAUAUAUUUUUAUGCGCCGAAAUACAGGCAGGCUGAUUAAGUAGCUAAGUUUAGAAAUAUUUAAUUGAGGGAAAGUCAUAAAAAUGAUUCGCUUUAUUCUGAUCCAAAACAGGGCAGGAAAAACUAGACUGGCCAAAUGGUACAUGCAGUUUGAUGAUGAUGAGAAGCAGAAGCUCAUUGAGGAGGUUCAUGCUGUAGUGACUGUCCGAGAUGCCAAACACACUAACUUUGUAGAGUUUAGGAACUUCAAGAUUAUCUACAGACGCUAUGCUGGUCUGUACUUCUGUAUUUGUGUGGAUGUUACUGACAAUAACCUGGCCUACCUGGAAGGCAUUCACAACUUUGUGGAGGUCUUAAACGAAUAUUUCCACAAUGUAUGUGAAUUAGAUCUGGUCUUCAAUUUCUACAAGGUGUACACGGUAGUAGAUGAGAUGUUCCUGGCUGGAGAGAUUCGAGAAACGAGCCAAACGAAAGUCCUGAAGCAGCUGCUCAUGCUGCAGUCACUGGAAUAGGGACGUCACUGGAUCACAGCCAUACACCACCACCGCAGCAGCAUCCUCUCAAACCUGCUGAAAGCCAGUCUAUAUUGUUUGUGUAUAGAUGUUGUCAACAAAAUAUAUAUAAAUAUAACCCAACAUUUCAGCCUCUUAAAGCUGUGCUACGUAAGAUUUUAAGUGUGUAUUUAAAAGCUACAGAAAGCUGAGCGAAAUGACUGAAUGCAGUUGAAAAAUAUUAAGCUUAAUGUGAAAGCUUGAACCUGAUUUCUUAUUUCAACUGCCCUUUCAGACCAUUAGCUGUCCUUAUUACGUGAUUACAGGAGUUUUAAAUGCCUCAUAACGUCUUACAUAGUACAACUUUGCAGCCGUCAGGUUUUGUAUGAAGUCUCACAAUGGCACUGCAGUUUUUUUUGUCCUUACUCUUUUUUUUUAUAUAUAUAAUUUUUAUUAAUCAGUGAAUUUCAGAAUUUGACACAGAGGUCUCUAUAGUUAACAUUGUCCAAGUCUUUUGCCUGUUUAUGUUAAACUUUUCCCAUUAAGCCAUUAACACUAAGCUGCUGAAAAGUCAGCAAGAUGCAUAUAAUACAUGUUAGAGCUAAAAAUUCUAUUUAAAAAAAAAAAAAAAAAAAAAACAAUUGGGGACCUGUAUACAAUCCUGUAUAAAAUGAGAAAGAUCAUUACUUACUGAGAAUUUUUGUACACAUUAUAUAAAUUACACAUUUAACCUCAUUUCCUUCAUUCAAGUAAGAAAAUGUCACUCUGGCUUUGCUUAGUUACCAGUACCAACAUGCACACAGUCAAACUGUUCUGUGUUAGCCCACUGGCUAUAUGAGCAUCUAAGACACCUUGAAGUUGAGUUAUUAGCAGUAAUUGUGGCAUGUUGGCUAAAUGAACAAAGACAGACAGUGAUGGGGAGCUUGUUUAGCCAGCAAGGCUGAACAGAUCUUACAGCACCUCACAGGGAAAAAAUACACAACAAAAGACUGCAUCUACUUUUUAUCUCCAAAUUCUGUGGCUCUGCUCCCAACUAGUGCUUCCAUAGCAACAGUGCUGGCCAGCCUCGAGCCUAUUUGGACUGGUUUUCAGGAUUCUGAUUAAGCUUAGACCUGAACCAUUACAUGCAAGAAAUAACCAUUCCUUAGUACUAUUAGCUUCAGACUAGGCUUAAUCAAUAUCUGUGAUUAAUCUGCUCAUUAAAUGUUUGAUGUUUUUAAACUGUCUUAAUUAUUACCUUUUCAAUGUUUUUCUUUUUUUCUGAAAUAUAUUAUGCACUUGUGAGAUUAUGGAGUGAAGGUAAUGUGUUUUUAUUUCCUUUGUCCAGAUCAGUAUGUACCCAUAUAAAGGAAAAUAGAAAUGAUAA